AUGACAGAACAUCGUUACUGCCUUCGUCAUCUAUGUAGUAACGUCAACACUAGAUGGAACAAUGAAACUUUAAAGAAUCUAGUAUGGAGGGCAGCAAGUGCUACCCAAGAGCGAAAGUUCAAUGCCACCUUCGAGUUAAUUGAGAAUGUCAACCGGGAUGCGCACCAAUAUCUAAAGGAUGUGCCCAAAGAGAAAUGGGCUCUAAGUUUUGACAAGGGUUAUCGUUAUGGGGCAAUGACGACAAACGUCUCUGAGUGCUUCAAUGGUGUUCUAAAGGGUGCUCGUAGCUUGCCCAUUACGGCAAUGGUGAAAUACACAUGGUUCAAAUUGAAUUCUUACUUCGAUGGUCGUCGCAAUAAGAGCAUAGCACAGUCAAAUUCGGGACAAAAAUGGACUAAAUAUGCCUUGGAUAUCUUCAUGAGAAAUAAGGCGAAGGCGGAGCGUCAUAGGGUGACAAGAUUGAGCGCGCAACAACAAUCAUAUCAAGUAGAUGCACCGCAUAAUCCAGAGAGUGCUGGACAUGGGGAUCACACACAUGGAGUUAAUUUGUUGCAAAGAAGUUGCACAUGUCAAAAAUGGAAGUUGUACAAGAUACCAUGCUCACAUGUCAUUGCAGUUUGUAUUAGGUAUCGACAUGAUGUAGAGCAAUACAUUGACCCAUGCUAUAGCGUGGAUGCACUGUUUCGGAGCUAUGCUCCCGUUUUCCCUGCAUUGAAAGAUAGAUUAUCAUGGCCGGAUCCUGAAGAAACUUAA